ACCGAGGGCGUUCCUGUCCGGGCUGCAGCGGUGGGAGGUAAGGCAUGGCCGCCGGGCAGCAGAGCGCCGGCACGGGUCCACGCCUCGGGGUGCCGGGAUUCCAGGAUGUCCGGGCGCAGGGCGGCCCCUCCGCGAUCCCCCAACAUUCCCCCACCCCUGGGCUGAGCCUCCCAGCGCCGUGGAAACUACCUCCUGUCUGCUGUUGGUGUCCCGCAUCCUAGAAGCGGCCUGACGCCCUCCCCACCCUGGCAUGCCCCCUCGACCUGGGACGGGAGCCCACUGGAGGCACCCUCCCGAGGUACCACUGCCCAUGCUGACCACUCACACCUCCACCUGCCGAUGUCAUGAGUAACACCACAGUACCCAAUGCCCCCCAGGCCAACAGCGACUCCAUGGUGGGCUAUGUAUUGGGGCCUUUCUUCCUCAUCACCCUGGUCGGAGUGGUGGUGGCUGUGGUGAUGUAUGUACAGAAGAAGCAACGGGUGGACCGUCUUCGCCAUCACCUGCUCCCCAUGUACAGCUAUGACCCAGCUGAGGAGCUGCACGAGGCUGAGCAGGAGUUACUCUCAGAUGUAGGAGACCCCAAGGUGGUACAUGGCUGGCAGAGCGGCUACCAGCACAAGCGGAUGCCCUUGCUGGAUGUCAAGACAUGACCUGACACCUCUGCCCCAACCUCCAGAGCCUUGGGGAACAUCCAUCCAACUCCCAGGACCGUGGUCUGCUUCCUUCUCCCACUUAUCCUCACCCAACUCCUCCUGCCGGGUACCUGGUCACCAUUCCCUCUUCCUCUCAGCAGUACCCACUGUCUCAGCCCUGUUUACCUUAGCCUACUCCCAAGCCUCACCCUGUCUUUAGCCCUUUGUGUGGGUGCUGAGUCUACCACCCACUAUCUAGGUCCUCAAUGAAAGCUUUUCCUCCUGGGGACUGGGCUGCAGCUUUGGUUUCUAUAAUCCUCAUGAACUAGGCUUUGACAUAAACACCCAGAAGGACUUUUGAGUUAUCUCCAUGGUGACCAGGCAGGAAUGGGAUGUAUAGUAUUGAGUAUAUAUAUUUUGUAAAUAAAAUGUUUUGUGGGAAGGGGUGUGCCCAGUUUCAAUGAGACUCAAUUACCCACCCUAGAGCUGACUAAUGCUA